CAUACGCUGUUAUUUCCUGCUUAAUGUCUUGGAAGAGUGCAGCUCUCAACCACUUUCCAAAAUCUAGGAUUCCCCCCCUCCCUCCCAUCAAAAUGAAUUGCCCAUCCCUGGUCUAGUGGAUACAGCUCAGUGAGAGCCAAUAACUGAAAGCUGCAGCAGGAGAAUUUCAGGCUAGAGAGGAGGCACAAAUAUUUGAUGGGUAAGUGGAUUAGCUGCUGAAACAAAUGAGCAAAGAACUGAUGGGUUCUCCAUCUCUUGAUGUCUUCAAAUCAGCACUGGGUGACUUUCUAGAAAACAUGCUGUGGCGAAACAGAGCUUUGUGCCUGGGUAGCUGGGCUAAGUGUAAUGGCUUAUGCCACAGAGGGGACAGACUGCAUGACUAAGGAUAUCUUCUGAUGCCAUGAAUCCAUGAAUUUUACAAUCUUAAUCCUGCAAACACUCAGCAUACAUGUUUAAUAAUAUGUAUCUGAAUACUCAUAUUAACUUCACUUCCUCUCUGUUCUGGAGAGGGUUUAUAAAGUCUGUGUCAGAUAAGAGAACCAAAGUUGGGGCUGCAAAUCAAUGUAGGAAGACUAAGGAUUAUGAAUACAGCAGCCCAAAGUAAAUUAUACCUGUGUCCGUGUUCAGGCAGAUGAAUAUGUGGCUUGUUAGCAGAAACACUGGGUGCUGAGAACUGAAUCCCAUUGUUGCAGGCUAAGUAAUGUAACUCAAGCCAGAUAUUGAGAGAACUAAAUACGGCUUUCGGACCUAACUUGUGUGUGGUGUUUAUGGAAUAUAUCUAGACUCAACGUUUGCCCAAAACUGCAGAGUCCAGCAUGUUUUUCACCAGGGACAGAGUCUGGGCAGAAUUGGGGUGUGGAAAGUAUUAAAGCCCUUUUUGAAAUGUCUCCAAUUCCCCUGACAGGCUGCAGAGCACCCAUGUCUGACUGUAGCUCAGCCCCAGGCCUGCAGAGCCAGGGACAGGAAAUGGCCAUGAUGGAGCCCGUGAGCUUUGAGGAGGUGGCUGUGUAUUUCUCUGAGGAGGAAUGGGCUCUGCUGGAUCCGGGCCAGAGAGAACUCUACAGGGAUGUGAUGCAGGAGAAUUAUGGGGCUGUGAGAUGGCUGGGAUUUCCAGGCUCCAAAGCUCAUGUGCUCUCCUGGGUAGAGAGAAGGAAUGAGCUGCAGAUCCCGGAUCUCCAAGGCUGUGAGGAAGGGGAGAUCAUCAGUGACACCCACACAGCAGGUGAUGAGAUGCUGAAUGAGAUCAGUGAGAGGAGUCUUCAGGAGGAAGGACCUGAGCGAAUGGCUCCUUGUGGGGUGUUAGUACGAAGAUGUGAAGGGCAUGUUUCUCAGAGUCCUGAGAAAGGGGAGACCUGUAUGAGUCAGCAUAGCCUACAAAGGCAGCAGGGAAACUAUCCAGGAGCAGGACAGGGUAAAUCCAGUCACAGGAGCAGAAGGUUGAAAACAAACACAAAAAUGGUUCACAAGAAAAUCCCCCAUCAACAUUCACCUUGUGCUUGCAGUGACUGUGCAACUCUUAUCAAACAUGGCAGAGCCCAAACAGGAGAGAGACCCUUCAGCUGCUCUGACUGUGGGAAAAGCUUCAGUCGGAGGUCACACUUUAUUAUCCAUGGGAGAAGCCACACAGGGGAUAAACCCUUCAGCUGCUCUGACUGUGGGAAAAGCUUCAGUCGGAGGUCACACUUUAUUAUCCAUGGGAGAAGCCACACAGGGGAUAAACCCUUCAGCUGCUCUGACUGUGGGAAAAGCUUCAGUCGGAGGUCACACUUUAUUAUCCAUGGGAGAAGCCACACAGGGGAUAAACCCUUCAGCUGCUCUGACUGUGGGAAAAGCUUCAGUCGGAGGUCACACUUUAUUAUCCAUGGGAGAAGCCACACAGGGGAUAAACCCUUCAGCUGCUCUGACUGUGGGAAAAGCUUCAGUCGGAGGUCACACCUUGUUAGCCAUUUGAGAGCCCACACAGGAGAGAAACCCUUCAACUGCUCUGACUGUGGGAAAAGUUUCAGUCAGAGUUCACAGCUUAUUAGCCAUAGGAGAGCGCACACAGGGGAGAAACCCUUCAACUGCUCUGACUGUGGGAAAAGCUUCAGUCGGAGGUCACACCUUGUUAGCCAUUUGAGAGCCCACACAGGAGAGAAACCCUUCAGCUGCUCUGACUGUGGGAAAAGCUUCAGUCAGAGCUCACACCUUGUUAGACAUAGGAAAACCCACAUGCGAGAAACCAUUCAGCUGUUCUGACUGUAGGAAAUGCUACAGUCAGAGGUCACACCUUGUUAUCCAUAAGAGAACUCUUACAGGAGAUAAAUCCUUCAACUGCUCUGACUUUGGGAAAUGCUAUAGAAAGAGUUCAAGUCUUGUGGCUUAUAGUUGAACCCACACAGGUGAGAAACCCUAUAGUAGUGGUGAACAAAUUGUUUUCUGUUGGCACAAUCCAGCCUACCUAAGGCUUUGAUCCUGUCCACAAGGCAGUGCCAGGUCCCACCUCCAAAUGAGCAUGUGCUGAGGGAGAAGGAGCUUAGCCCCACCCCCUCUUCAUGCUGUGUAGCCACUAGAGAGGAGGCAGCGCUAGGCUGAGUCUUUGCCACGCAACCUGAGGCUAGCAGUAGAGGCACUGCUGUCACUGCACUGCUGGCCGCCAGGGCCACAUGGCCAUGUCAGGGGUGCUUCUGGGGCUGGUCCUGGUCUUGGGCUGCAUGGCUGCAGCAGCAGUACCUCCAGCCCUGGACUGAAUGGGUGCAGCAAUGGUGCCUACAGUGUCCGGGGCUGGUCCUGGUCUCUGUGGUUGCUGCAGGAGAAGAGCCUUCCUCUGGAGUGACCAGGACAGUGUGGCUAGAUAUGUUGCUGUAAGGGGGCUCAAAGCCAGGUAAUAUUUGCUGUCAUCCCGUAGACACCCCCUCCCAAUCUCCUCAAUUCCCUUUCCCCCAGCAGCCAGCACCCCCAGCUUUCUUUGACAGGGUACAAAAAAAAGGAGGCUCUCUCCUGGCCACAUACUGUACCUUACUCCUGGCCAGACACCUGCCUCUUUCUGUAUCCAAGAUCCUUCCUCAAGAUUCCAACCCUUUCUUGAGGCCCCUGUCACAUUAUUGGAUUUUAAGGUGAGCAUACAAUUCACUGCUGUGAUCACGGGGAACUGUUUGCCCCACAUUUGGUACAAAGUAGGCCAUGUGAGGUGUCAAACAAAAGUUGAUAUUUUGCUUAUUCUAUGUAUGGUAUUCAUGUACUUGUUUGGAGUUUGUAUGGGGAGUUAUGAAUAUGGGCUCUGCUGGUGCUAGUAUGGACUGCCUGUCAUGAGGAAGGAAUGUCCAAUGAGUGACUAUGCUAUUCAGUAUGGCUCCAAGGACAAUGGCUCUCCAGGUGGCCAAUACACACCUGAGGAAUGCGUGUGAAAAGUUGCAAAGCAGCCAUGCCCCAGUGGCUGCUGGCAUAUGAAACAGAAAGGUCACUUGACCAUGUGAUUAUCUCCAGCUUGGGAGACACCAGAAAUGAAUAUCAAAUGCCAUGAGGGGGGGCUCCAUCUUGUCUUCAGUCUUGCUUCUUAUCCCAGAUGCAGUCUUGCUAAGGACAGAGACAGGGGAAGGAUUGCUGACUCAUCCUGACAUAUGAUGUACGCCAAAGACUUUUAUGCUAGCAGUCUGUAACAUCUCCACUAAGAUCAUCAAGAACUUGCUGAUUGAUGUAUAUGAUGUAUAUAAUGUAUAUAAUAUCAACCUUACU